GCGGGGAGGCGCCGAGGGGACGUCGCGUCGCCGCGCCGGGUCUCGAGCAGCUGCCGGAGCCGCCCGACGGACCGCCGCCCCCGCCGCCGCGCCAUGGCCGAGAGCGACUGGGACACCGUGACGGUGCUGCGCAAGAAGGGCCCCACGGCUGCGCAGGCCAAGUCCAAGCAGGCCAUCUUAGCAGCUCAGAGACGAGGAGAAGAUGUGGAGACGUCCAAGAAAUGGGCUGCUGGCCAGAACAAGCAGCAUUCGAUCACCAAGAACACAGCCAAGCUGGACCGGGAGACAGAGGAGUUGCACCAUGACAGGGUGACCCUGGAGGUGGGCAAAGUGAUCCAGCGGGGCCGGCAGAGCAAGGGGCUGACACAGAAGGACCUGGCCACGAAAAUCAAUGAAAAGCCGCAAGUCAUCGCAGAUUACGAGAGUGGACGAGCCAUUCCAAAUAACCAGGUUCUGGGGAAAAUCGAGAGAGCCAUUGGCCUCAAGCUCCGGGGGAAGGACAUCGGGAAGCCCAUCGAGAAGGGCCCGCGGGCGAAAUGAGCACAAAGCCUCGAAACAGUGCGUUCCGGCUGCUCUUCUGGCUGGUUCCCCUGACCACCAGCACUGACGUGGGUCUUCUCACAUGACAAGCGGAACAUGGGGUCAGGCCUGUGGGCCCUCAACCCAUACCUGCUGUCAAACAAAGCAAAACCUUGCAGAGUG